AAUAUACGAAUCGUUAGUGGAAAAAUAUAAAAUUGGAUCGACUGUAAAAGCUCUUAACAGAUAAAUUCUGAUUAAUUCUUCCAUUACGGCAAACAUUGUGAAUAAUUCUAUUGUUACAACAAUGGAAAAAAAGAAUUAUAAAUAUUCAGCUUGCCCUCUUAUUCCUGAAGAAUGAGAAUAAACAGUAGGCUUGAUACAGGCACGAAUAAAUUUCUCAAUUAUCGCAAAGAUAUGUAAUUAGUUUAGCCAUAUCGCGGCCAGGUAUCUCCUAGUGUCAAUGUGAUAUACGUAAUCAAUCCAUGAAUGCAACGAUGAACGGUUGUGUGGUGUGUAAAGCACGGGUAAGCGAGUAACACACGCACACAUAAAACAUAGAAACGCACACUAUGGUAUCGUUGAGAAUAGGGACCUGGUUAAAGCUGCUACAACAUCAGUCUUCCACCGCGAUCUGUCGUGUGCUGAGCUUUCGACUGUUCCCCAUGUGUUUUAUUCGUCAGAGUAACUCUUUUUCCAUGAAACUGUCAGUGUUUCAAGAACAAUUAACAAUUUAAAAUCAAUUGAACAAUUAAAUCCACGAUAAAUUAAAGCGUGCGGUGAAUCAUUCAAGGAACGAAAGAAAGGCGAUCACGGGUAAAUGGCUUCAGUGACGAGAACGUGAACUUUUGAAGCUAUUAUUAAUAUCAAACAUGCCCAUAAAAUCGGAGUUCAAGGCAAAGAAGAGCAUCGAUGGGACACGCGAGUGUACCAAGCAUGCUGCUACGCAGAACGUGUCUUUGUCGCAUCUUAAAAAAUUACCACCGAUCGACAUCGAAUUCAAUGACCUGACUUAUACGAUACCUUACGGAAGAAAAGGUUCGAAAGUAAUCUUGAGAGGAGUUUGCGGACAAUUCAGAUCCGGAGAGUUGACCACGAUCUUGGGUCCUUCGGGUGCAGGGAAGUCUACCUUAUUAAACAUCCUCGCAGCAUACAAAUUGACCGGUGUCACCGGACAGGUAAGCACCAAUGGACAGCUACGAGACGUGGAGUCUUUUAAGAAAAUGUCCUGUUACAUUAUGCAAGAGGAUCUGAUUCAACCGCGGCUCACGGUAUUCGAGGCGAUGCAAUUUGCCGUGGACUUGAAGCUUGGACACAUUUCCAAAGCAACGAAACUGACCGCUAUCGAAGAAAUUUUGGACAUCUUACGACUAACCCGUGCGAAAGACACGAUUUCCGAACGGUUGUCGGGUGGCGAGAAGAAAAGACUUUCGAUCGCGUUGGAACUGGUGAACAAUCCUCCGGUCAUAUUUCUCGACGAACCAACCUCAGGAUUGGACGAAACCUCGGCGGCACAGUGUAUCGAGCUGUUGGAACGUUUAGCGCGAUUAGGAAGAACCGUAAUUUGUUCGAUUCACACACCAAGUGCGAGGAUUUUCGCGAAAUUCGAUCAUGUCUACGUUGUAGCCAAUGGUCAAUGCGUUUAUAGAAACACCGUGCAAAAUUUGGUACCGUUUCUACAACAGGUCGGUUUGGAAUGCCCGAAACAUUACAAUCCCGCCGAUUUUGUGAUAGACGUAUCUGCUGGCGAAUACGGUCCAGAGUGGAUAACUCGAAUGAUAAAUUUCGUGGACACAGAAAUGCCUAUCGUUCCUGUUUCUCGGUCAACGGCUUCAAAUCUUCCGGAAAAGACGUUAAAAGUUUCCUGGUACGAUCAAUUCGUUGUUCUCUCGAGAAGGAUGUUCUUACAGUUGUACAGAAAUAGGAGUUACAUGUAUCUAAAGAUAGGGUUACACAUAUUCCUCGGUUUUAUCAUCGGUGGCUUGUUUUUGGAUGUUGGUAACGAUGGGACGAAGACCUUGUUCAAUUUUGGUUUUUGCUUCGCCUGUUUGAUAAUUUUCCUCUACGUACCUAUGUUACCGGUAUUAAUGCAGUUUCCUGCGGAGGUGCAACUUAUUAAACGAGAAUAUUUCAAUAUGUGGUACGACUUGAGCCCCUAUUAUUGUGCCUUCACCGUAGUGAACUUACCUGCACAGAUAUUCGUAUCCUCAAUAUAUCUGUCAAUGGUGUACGUAAUUACGGGGCAACCCAUGGAACUCUUUCGAUGCACGAUGUUUUUUAGCAUUUGUUUUUUGUGUAUGUUCAUAGCUGAAAGUAUGGCCCUGGCUAUAGCCACUAUGUUAAAUAUAGUGAACGGUACGUUCGUUGGACCCGCAAUCACUGUUCCUUUGAUGUUGGUCGCGGUGCAAGGACUGGGUGAAAUGCAAGAUUUGCCUUUUUAUCGUAAAUUGAUAAUGUAUCUGAGCUACAUUCGUUACGGUUUGGAAGGUCUUAUAACCGCCUUGUACGGUUUCAAUCGUGAACAAUUGUAUUGUCCGCCGACAGAAAUAUUCUGUGAAUAUAGCGCACCUCGACUACUUUUACAAAUAAUGCAAAUGGAGCAUGUGGUGUUCUGGGUAGAUUUUCUUGCCUUGAUAAUUAUCCUCAUUCUCCUUAAGAUUCUCACCUAUUAUUUAUUAAGACAAAGACUUAGGCCAAACAAAACAUUCCAAGCACUGCACCUGAUUGGAAGGUUGAUAAAGAGUCGCUUUAAUAUUGAUAAUUAAGAAAGCUAGUCUUUUUCCAUGACGUGUACAAAAUACAAACUGAGAGGAAGAAGUGGAACCGUUUUUUGUUUUUUCAAUGUGAUAGAAAGCCAAAUAAGUAGUCUCUAACAAAGAGAUCUGUAUCUUGUACAUAUAUUGAUAGAAAAAAUUUUUCUACAACGAAAUGUAUCGAAUUAAAAUAUACAAUAUUUAAGAAAGUAA